AUGUUCUACGAUCCUACUGGAAUUGUACCUUUAAGUCGAACUUACGCUUCAAAGGCCUCCAAAAAAGACACUGCCACGAAACCAAGGCCUCCGCCAGAAGACUGGGAUAGAGGUGGACAGACCAAGGACGUGGCUCUUACACCGCUACUUCUGUCAAUGAGACGCCUUAUGGAUGCUAAUAAAGGAUGCGUUUGCCUUAUACAAGUGGGCAGUUUCUAUGAGCUUUACUUUGAGCAAGCGACGCUUGUGGCGCCCAAAUUGGGAAUAAAAGUGGCAGUGAAACGAACAAACAAUCAUAGUGUGCCUAUGGCUGGAUUCCCAGUGGCACAUUUACGUAAAUUCGUGAAGAUGCUAGUGCACGAUUUGCAAGUUAACGUUGCUGUGAUUGACCAAUACGAGUCAAGCACAGAAUCCAUUAUGCAUAGAAAAGUCUCCAGAAUCGUGUCCCCAGGAACAUUGGUUGACGAGAGUUUCAUUAAUUUUUCAAAGAACAAUUAUUUGGUUGCUAUUUAUAUUCCUCCACAGGCGUCACAAGGGCCCAAUCCUGAUAUACCCGUGGGCAUUCUGUGGAUAGAUAUAUCAGUGGGAGAGUUCCAUGUGCAAGAGACAACCAUGGCUGAUUUGGCAUCAGAUCUUAAUAGAAUCAGUCCAAGUGAAGUUAUCUUGCUGAAAGAAUGGCAGGACCAGGAUGAGCUGUUGGAUUGGAUUUCUGAAAUGGCUAAUUUACGAAAGUACUUUGUGCGUUACCAUAAAACAACGUACCGUGACUAUAAGGUUCAAUUGAAAUCCAGUCUUCAGACUACCAGAAAAAAGCUUGAAGAUUUCACGGUCCGCGAGGAAGCUGCUAUGAAUAUGGUGCUUUCCUACGUAAAUGUUAACCUACCUGAUAGACCACUACUGCUUGAUGUUCCCGACCAAUACUAUAGCAGCAAAUAUUUGCAUAUGGAUUCCAGAACAAGAGAUGCGUUGGAGCUUACUGAACGUCUGAGCAGUGGCCUGAACUCUGCUGUUGGCUCUCUUCUCAAUACUAUCAAGGAAACAGUGACUCCAUCAGGCACGAGACUCUUGACUCAGUGGAUAAAGCUGCCUAUUUUGGACAUUGAGGAGCUCAAAACACGCCAGCGGUUUGUUCAACUCUUUCAUGAUGCCAAUCCUUUUUGCAUGAGACUUAGACAUCAGCUUACCAGGCUUGGAGACCCCGUAAGGUCCCUUCAAAAGCUAGCACUUAAAGCAGGACCACCUGUAUCGCAUCUUCUAGCAAUUGGCGAGGGCCUUGGAGAGCUACAAAAGCUUAAAACGCUACUCGAAGAGUUCAGGCAAGAAAAUGAAGAUGAGAAACUUCUGAAAUUUAUUGAAGACUUUGAUGUACCUAUUGGAAUUGCUAAUGAAAUUCUUGACACUCUCUAUACUGAUCCCGUGUUAGUAAAUGCCAGAGAGCUUGUUGAAGAAGGAGAUUCAGGUCUGUUGAGCGAUCUGUUGGGCUCGUCUCAAACCGCUAUUAGCGACUAUAAAAACGAAGACAGCACCAAAGAAGGUGAACCCAUCUUUGUGUUUAACGUUAAAAGAGACCAUGAUCCAGAUUUAAGCAAACUUCAUAACGAGCUAGAAGAGAUACAAAGAAAAGAAAUUGAGAUGUUACAGAGUGUCAGGGAAAAUGUGGCCACAGUUGAUCCCAGAGCGACUGUUAUAAAGAAGGAUCAAGUUGGAAGAUACUUUGACGUGAUACACAUCUCUUGUCGUCAGAAAAUGUCUGGCGAAAUAGCAAAACAUCUUGAUGAAAACGGGGAAAUCAGGGAGAAGAAAAAGACUACAUUAAUCUACAAGCCAUUUAAAUGGACUAGGCUUCAGGAGCAGCGCAGCAGCAUAGUUCACAAGAUCGAGGAAAUGGAGAAGAUAAUCAUUGAAAACCUCAAAAAAGCUAUCCUCGAACAAACCUUGCAGAUCAGAAAAGUCAGCAAAAUGGCAGACUUCAUAGACAUUACUUCAUCUUUUGCGAUUCUUGCCAGAGAGAAUAACCUUGUUUGUCCCAAGUUUGUGAAAUCAAACUACUUGAAUGUUGUUCAAGGAAGGCAUCCUGUGGUUGAAUCUGGCCUCAAGACGAACGGUGAGAUGUUCACUCCAAACGAUACGAAGCUCGGACCAGACGGAAACCUUUGGAUCAUCUCUGGGCCCAAUAUGGGAGGAAAAAGUACGUUUCUUCGUCAAAACGCUUUAAUAGUGAUAAUGGCACAGAUUGGUUCUUUUGUGCCCGCAUCAAAAGCUAAUAUCGGCAUUGUGGAUCGAAUCUUUACUAGAAUUGGAGCAUCAGACGAUAUCUUCAGCGAUUUGAGUACAUUCAUGGUGGAGAUGAUCGAAACCAGCAACAUCUUAAGUAACGCUACUUCCAAAUCUUUGGCUAUAGUUGACGAAAUUGGAAGAGGAACAAGUGGAAGAGAAGGGUUGGCAAUUUCGUAUGCUGCACUUGUCAGCUUGCUUCAAAAGAACAAAUGCCGUACUCUUUUUGCUACACACUUUGGAACUGAGCUCAAGAAGUUAUUAGAUGCUGAUGAGAUUUCUCAGGCCAAUGUACGUUUCUAUCGUACUAAAGUCCACAAGGCAGAUGGAGCCGAGAACAUCAGCUUUGAUCAUACGCUAGAGCCUGGUAUAAGUGAACGAUCCUACGCAUCAUGCUAA